AGAGAGAGAGAGAGAGAGAGAGAGAGAGAGAGGGUGGGGAGAGAGAGAUGGAGUACUCUGGCGAUGGAUAUGAUGUGGUGGUUAUCGGUGCAGGCAUCAUGGGCAGCUGCACUGCCUAUGAACUAGCAAAAAGGGGUGAAAAAACUCUUCUGUUGGAGCAAUUCGACUUCCUGCACCACCGUGGAUCAUCACAUGGAGAGUCGCGCACUAUACGAGCAGCCUACCCACAAGACUACUACUGUGCUAUGGCGAUGGAAUCCUACACCCUUUGGGAGGAAGCCCAAUCAGAAAUCGGCUUCAAGGUUUAUUUCAAAACACAGCAAUUCAAUAUGGGGCCAUCAGAUGACAAGGAACUCCUCUCCAUUCUCUCCAGCUUCCAGAAAAACUCUGUUCCCUAUCAGAUUCUGGACCGCCAACAAACGGCAGAGAAAUUUUCCCGCAGGAUUAACUUGCCGGAGAACUGGAUUGGGGUAUUUACUGAGCUUGGUGGGGUAAUAAAACCCACAAAGGCAGUGUCAAUGUUCCAAGUUCUGGCAAGUCGAAAGGGUGCAAUUUUAAGGGACAACGUAGAAGUGAAUAGCAUAACUAAGGAUGGGGAGAAAGGAGGGAUAUGGGUUUCUGCUGCUAAUGGUGAAAAGUUUUGGGCUAAAAAAUGCAUCAUUACAGCAGGGGCUUGGGCGAGAAAGCUUGUUAAAAGCGUCAGCGGCCUUGAAUUGCCGAUACAAGCAUUGGAGACUACAUUGUGUUAUUGGAGAAUCAAGGAAGGCCAUGAAUCUGAGUUUGCUAUAGGAAGUGAUUUUCCAAGUUUUUCUAGCUGCGGCAAACAACAUGUAUACGGCACGCCGUCCUUGGAGUUCCCCGGUUUAAUUAAGGUUGCCUCGCACGAUGGCUACCCUUGUGAUCCUGACAAAAGACCAUGGGGACCUGCCAAGUCGUUGAGUUAUUUGAAAGAAUGGAUUGAGAAGAUAUUUUCAGGGCUUGUUGAUCAUGAAAGGCCAGUUGCUAGUCAAUCGUGCUUGUACUCCAUGACCCCAGAUGAAGACUAUGUGAUAGAUUUUCUGGGUGGGGAGUUUGGGAACGAUGUGGUUAUCGGCGCUGGCUUUUCAGGUCAUGGGUUCAAGAUGGCUCCAUUGGUGGGAAGGAUUUUAGCGGACAUGGCUCUUUGUGGGGAGGCUAAAGGAGUGAAUCUCAAGCACUUCAGGAUACGAAGAUUUCAAGAGAAUCCUAAAGGGAAUGUCAAGGACUUCUGAACAUCGAAUUGGCUUUUCUUCCAAUCACAAGUAAUGUAGCAAAAUAGGACUUCUAUUGCCAUUGGUACCUAUGGUCCAUGUCCUCUAUCCCAUCCGGAUUUUAGCUAUGAAAUAAAUCAUUUGUAAUAAAAUAAAUAAUUUAUUUUUAUUA